AGCUAGCAGAGUUUCGUAUAAGCUUCACGAUGGCUGUAAACGUUCCUGGUUUGGUUUCCAUCAUUGUGUUUUACGUUCUUAUUCUAGCGAUCGGUAUUUAUGCAGCAUGGAGGAAAAGAAGAACCGGAAGAGGAAACGAGAGCGAGACAAUCAUGGUCGGGGGAAGAGACAUCGGACUCUUUGUUGGAAGCUUUACUAUGACUGCUACGUGGGUUGGGGGUGGCUACAUAAACGGGACAUCGGAAUAUGUAUAUACACCUGGCUCCGGACUCCUGUGGACGCAAGCACCCAUUGGAUACGCUUGCGCGUUAAUACUUGGCGGCUUAUUCUUUGCGAAGAAAAUGCGAAGUGAGGGAUAUGUGACGAUGUUGGAUCCAUUGCAGCGCAAGCUUGGUCGAGUAAUGGGAGCGUUUCUUUAUAUACCUGCACUUGCUGGAGAAUUAUUCUGGUCUGCAGCUAUAUUGGCCGCGUUGGGCGGUACGCUUCAUGUUAUCAUUGAUCUUCAUAUAACUGCAGCUGUAAUUGUAUCUGCAUGCAUUGCUGUUGUAUACACCAUGGUCGGAGGUCUCUACUCGGUUGCUUAUACAGAUGUAGUUCAGUUGAUUUGCAUAUUCAUUGGACUGUGGUUGAGCAUUCCAUUCGCGUUCACUCAUCCUGCUGUAUCAGACAUCGCCACUACAGCUUACCACUCACCUAACUGGCUUGGUACUUGGGAUAUUUCGACCACUGGUCUAUGGAUCGACUCUGCUCUGCUACUGUUAUUUGGUGGAAUACCGUGGCAAGUUUACUUUCAAAGAGUUUUAUCGUCGAAAAGUGCAGGAAGCGCUCAGAAGCUUUCAUUCAUUGCUGCAUUCGGAUGUAUGUUCAUGUCAAUACCUUCGAUAUUAAUCGGUGCAAUUGCUGCAUCUACAGAUUGGAACGCAACAUCGUACGGCCUCCCAAGUCCAGUUGAAAAAGGCGACCAAGCUAAUAUUCUGCCAAUUGUGCUUCAAUACCUCACCCCUGUAGCUGUAUCAUUCUUUGGGCUUGGCGCUGUUUCUGCUGCUGUAAUGUCAUCUGCCGACUCUAGUAUUCUAUCUGCUUCUAGUAUGUUUACUAGGAAUAUUUAUAACGUCGUCAUCCGACCAAAGGCAUCGGAGUUGGAGCUGGUGUGGGUAAUGAGAGUAGCAAUAAUAUUCAUAGCGGCAGGAGCCACUGCUUUAGCUCUUGUUGUGAAAUCUGUUUAUUAUCUUUUCUAUCUUUGUUCGGACCUGAUCUACGUCAUACUUUUUCCACAGUUUGUAAGUGUUCUCUACCUGGACCCAAAUACGUAUGGAUCGAUUCUUGCUUUUCUGGUGGGUUUGGUUUUACGACUUGGGGGUGGCGAGCCUGGGUUUGGGUUUCAACCUUUUAUCAAAUACCCAUAUGGAAGCAACUUUCCAUUUAAAACACUCGCAAUGGUAUCUUCCAUUGUAACUCUGCUGGUUGUUUCCUACUUCGUUCGGUUUUUAUUUGUCCGUGGUAUAAUACCAGCGAGAUACGAUUUCUUGAAAUGCAAUCUUGCAAAUGGCGGCCGUAGUAUUGAGACACAUGAGAACAAAGUUGCACGAAGAGAUAUGGAAAUGAGUGGGCACGGUUUACAGAAUGAAGGUUACGUGCCCGAAACAGAAGAAAAAACGAAAAUGUAAUGUUUAUGAUGAACUGUAAAAAGUAAAGGGUGACAUUUAUAACUAAAGUUUAUAUAGUUAUUUUUUUAUUAGUAAAUUAAUUGCUUACCAACGUAUGUAUUCCUAAACACUUAUGCAGUUUCAAUUACAACUAAAAGCUACAUGACACGUUGAUUUUUCUUCAGUAACUACAAUAAUUAUAGAACAUUUGCAUACGCUACUUUAUAAAGUGCCCAGUUCAUAGUUUAUCUGGUCUUUCUGCACUUACAAUUUUAUUGCUUACAAACUUGCUUAAUAUUAUAUCCUAUACCACUCAAGCCAACUUUGUUGAAAUAAAGUUAUAAAACUUUGAUUUUUAAUUGCUUUUGUAAAUUUGUCUUUCCUGCAAAUAAAAAUACCAGUCCACAAA